GCCCACUGACUAACUCCUUUGCACUUUGAUUGUGAGAGGGAGUACCUACCGUACCUUACACAAUAUUAUCGCGCAUUCGAACUUCUCUCUCAAGUCAAGCGCGCCAACAGAACAUCCCCACCGCCCAACGCCAGCGCCGCAUGCGUUCGACUUUCCUCUCCAUCUCUCGCAACUUCUCCAUUCUGCGUCUCCGUCUGAAUUGGUCUCUUUCUCUCUCUUCUCCCCUUCCAUUCACAUAAUCUUCUCGUAUCCAUCUCGUCCCGAUACACUACAUCUCUAGCCGCGCCCGCACCCAUUCCAGUCCACCUGUCACUACUGCAACGCAUUGAACUGGUCCGUACCUUAGCAGCCAAGACCUCGAGACUUGCAGUUCGCGCCGCUUCUCCUCCCAUCCUCUUCUCCCUCCCACCCCAGAACGCUCAGGCAGUUUCCGCAGAAGAAAUCGCAAUUCUGCUGCCCUUAAAGUGUCAAGUCAAUCGCGGCCCCUUGUCGAGCCCCGUUUCAUCAGGGAACUCCGCACUUUGCAACGUCGUCUUCACAGUGACGAGACAACCCACCGCCCAAAAGCAAACCUGCACGGCUACCACCUCAUCCCAUGCUGGAACUGCUGCCACUGUUACUGCUGGCUGCCGCUGGCCACUAAAUUCGGUAGUCUAUUUGCUCAACUGCCGCCUAGCCAACGCCCUGGAUUGCCUGUUUAGCUACCUACCUUACUAGAGCCUAGGCUGGUUUGUGGAGGAACAGGUUCUCGACGGAACGCGCGAGCGAGCACUAUCUCAGCUCCUCGUUUCCCCUUCCCUCCCCCUCACGUGGGAAACCUGGUCCACGGUCACAACAUACACACAGCCAAAGGCUAUCACCAUCGUCAGCUCGUCAGACCCAUCUGCAGUUCGUCAGCCUGCGAACCGGCCGUGGCAGACUUCGGAUACCUGUCCCGGCUUUGCUUGAUACCCGGCAACCCAACCACACACUCUUUGUGACGCACCACUUGCUUUUCGCGAUUCUAUUUUGUUCAUAUUCCGAAACCCCUGCUCCGUCCCACGGCGCUCGCUGCAACCUGCGCAACUUUUUCGGCCGCCUACCUAUUGCCUUACGUCCCUUUACUCCAGAAACAAUUCUGCUUGAGAAAGAGAACGAGUACCGACGGAUUAUUCAGCCUCUUUGCCUCUUUAUACUAUACCACCAUUGUCGCAUUUCGAGGGUGACUAGAGAGAGGUAUGUCGAGUGCCCCCAGGGGACCCCCUCCUUUCAGUCCCCGGUCUCAAGUCCCAAACCUCUGUCUGCUUCGAUCCAAACUUGGGCAGAAGACAUGCUAAAACAUAACCGAUUCAUGCAGAUAGAGAUUCCAACGCACCACAUUGCAACUUGCUAUCCCAACCUGCCUCCGAAAGGCUCCACGUCCGUAGGCUAGAGGACUUCAAUCAUGCGACCGGCCUUGGCCAUCCCUCUCGCCCGAAGUAUUACCCAGAUCCGUUAUUUCUGAAUCUGAAGAGAUACCCAAUCGAUCGAGGUUUACGUGAGAGGGCCAGGUGUUUCACCUGCCUCCCCGUUCUGCGACCGUCAUGUCUUCCACCGACAAGUCGAGACAAUCUUCAGGAGGGAAGUCUUUCUUCUCGCGAAGCAGGAAAGACAAACGCAACACCAGCGACGAAGGUCGCCAUCUGGCCGAUUACUCCGAUACGGCCAGCGUACACUCGCGCGCCUCUCGCCAUCAUCGCGACUCGUCCGUCGUUUCGAUCGACCAAUACCCCGAAUCCGGCAUGACUGCUGGUCCCAUGACGAGUAUCCCCUACGACAGCAUCCCCGAUUCUCGAUCACCAGUGCCCAUCGAAUACUUACCCAAAGGCGACCAAGCAGCGGUGCUUCGCCCGAGUCCUUCGCCGCAUCACCUCAAUAAAGUUACAAGCGACUUUCAUCAGUAUCCCACCUUCGACCCGUCCACAAUGGCGGGGGGAGCGGGCUCGCAUGCGUCGGCGCAGCGUGCGCCGCAGUCAAAUAUCACAAUGGCCAGUACAGGCCGCCAGACGCAAUACCAACAGUGGGGACCAGGGCCUGCUCGCGGAAGCACGGCGAGCACAAUCAAUGGGUCCCACAACCCCAGAUACGAUUCGUACAUGACAUCGGCGGGUCGUAGUUCCGCUGACCAAGCCAGCAUAUUCUCAUCAGGUAAUGGAGGCACCUAUGACUUAGCAGCAAAUCGCUCAUCAAGACCAGCGCUGCCCAGUGCUUCUUCGCAGAGUUCCUAUUCCUCGCACAUGUCCUAUAGGGACUCGACGCACCCUUCCUCGCACCGACUGACAAAGUUCCCCGGCAUGGGGCCCACUGGACACGAUGGGUUUCAUUUCCCCCGGCCGGAUAACGACGAAAUCAUCGGCCAGAUGUUUCUGGCCCUGAUGCAAAAACGAGGAUGGCACAACCUACCCGAGCAGGCUCGCCGACAGAUGGUCGCGUACGCGCCGGACAAGAAAUGGACGCUUUUAUACCAGGACCGAUUGACCGAGUGGCAAGGAGAGCAAAAAAGGAGGCAAACAGCGAAACCGAAUCAGUAUGCGGCCCCAGAGAUUCUGGUCAACUCGGACGAGGAGGGUUCACCAGAAUGGUACGUCCGGCGCGUGAUGGAUAACAGCUUGGACACAAAGGGCUUGGGGAGUUUGGAGGUCAAUCUCAGAACGCAACAGAUUGGUUGGGUUAAGCGCUUCAUCGAGUGUCAGGGGCAAGUCGCGUUGACCAACGUUCUCAUGAAGAUCAACCGCAAGACCGCAACGGGGCCAGUACAAGAUGGGAGAUCAGACCGAAACUUCGACCGCGAAUACGACAUCAUCAAGUGUCUCAAGGCCUUAAUGAACAACAAGUUCGGCGCCGACGAUGCUCUAGUCCAUCAACAAGUCAUUAUCGCGCUAGCGACCUCCCUGACCUCCCAGCGCUUGACAACUCGCAAGUUGGUCAGCGAAGUGCUCACUUUCUUGUGUCACUGGGGCGAUGGGGAGGGCCACCUCAAGGUUAUCCAAGCUCUCGAUUCCGUCAAGGCACAGCAAGGAGAAAAUGGCCGCUUCGACGCUUGGAUGCGGCUUGUUGAAGUCACAGUGGACGGGCGUGGAAAGAUGGGCAGUAUGGUCGGAGCCAGUGAUGAGGUCCGGAGCGGUGGCAUCGGCAUGGAGAACCUGCUCAUGGAAUACGCCGUCGCGACGCUGAUUCUUAUCAACAUGAUUGUCGAUGCGCCGGAGAAGGACCUGCAACUGCGAAUGCACAUUCGCGCCCAGUUUACAGCAUGCGGCAUUAGGCGCAUCCUGACCAAGAUGGAGUCGUUCCAAUACGACCUCAUCGACAAGCAGAUUGAGCGUUUCCGAACCAACGAGGCCAUCGACUACGAGGAUCUGCUGGAAAAGGAAAACAACAGCAUUAAGGACAGCGUCGAAGGAGAAGUUAAGGACCUCAACGACCCUGUCCAGAUUGUGGAUGCCAUCCAGCAGCGCCUGCGUGGGAGCAAGACGCAGGACUACUUUAUCUCAGCGCUGCAGCAUCUGCUGCUCAUUCGUGACAAUGAUGGCGAAGAGCGACUGCGGAUGUUCCAGCUGGUGGACUCAAUGUUGAGCUAUGUGGCCAUGGAUAGGCGUUUGCCCAACAUGGACCUCAAGCAAAGUCUGAACUUCACUGUCCAGAGUCUGUUAGAUAAGCUUCACACGGAUUCAGAGGCCCGGCAAGCCCAAGAUGAGGCACUCGAGGCACGCCAGGUUGCUGACGCUGCCAUGGCGGAGAGAGAUGAGAUGAAGGAGAGGUUAGAGCUGGGCGCCGAUGGACUAGUGGCAAAGCUCCAAAAGCAACUAGAUGAGCAGGCGAGAUUCAUUGAAGCUCAAAGGCGGCAAGCCGAAGGCCUGAAAGCCGAGCUUGAGAACAUUCAAACGCUGCGUCAGAAGGAAGCCCAACGGUACGAGCUCGAGACCCGAGAGCUUUAUCUCAUGCUUAGAGACGCACAAGACGUUGCUGCCUCUAAUGCUGUUAAGGGCACCAACAAGCUUGGGGAAGAAGAUCCGGCUCGGAUGCAGGGCAUUUUGGACCGUGACCGACUCAUGGAGCGUCUUCAGAUGCAGAUUGAACGCCAAAAGACCCAGUUCAAGCUGGAGGGUAGAGUGUGGGGAGAUGCCGUCGGGCCAUCUGAUCGACUACGCGCUCUCCGCGAGGAGAUGGACGACAGCACGAUGGGGUCAGGACUUGGUACGCCGCCAAGAGACUUCACAAACAGUAUGCUCGGAAGCGUCAACCGCAACACAAAGAUCACCCGCAAGCCAGUCAACGGCCGUGGCGAACCUAUGGAAGGCGAUUUCCCCGAUGGCGAAGAUGUCGAGAUGGACGAGGACGGAGUUGUUUAUGAGAAGCCUCGUGUCGUUGAAAUCCGCCGCCCCGUUAUGGACCCCAACCAAAAGGCCGGUCUCUUUGGCGAGAUGGCCGGCAAGGUCAAGAAAUACGAGGGAAGCGAUUCAGAAGACGCCGAGGGCGCAACCACUGGCCCUUCUCAUCCGAGCCUCGAGUCCGGCUCUCCAAUUACGCCUGCCGAUGGCGAACCUCCCAAGAUCCAAAUUACCGGGGCUGCCGCUCCCCCUCCUCCACCUCCCCCGCCGCCUAUGCCCGGUCAAACCGGUGUUCCACCACCUCCUCCUCCGCCACCCCCGCCUCCGCCUAUGCCGGGAAUGCUGUCCCCGACUGGUGCUCCACCUCCGCCGCCUCCGCCACCGCCUCCACCGCCCCCAGGCGGUCUUCCGGGAAUGCCACCACCUCCCCCUCCGCCAUUGCCUGGCGCCAUCUCAGGCCACUUCCUAUCACAGGCAACACCCUUCGCCGGCGGGAAUACUAUCGGCUUGCCUAUUGUUCGUCCAAAGAAGAAACUCAAGGCUCUUCAUUGGGACAAGGUCGACUCUCACAUGACUACGCAUUGGGCUGCCCAUGCUCCGUCUGCUGAGGAGCGCGAAGAGAAGUAUCUCGAACUCAGUCGCAAGGGUAUUUUGGACGAGGUUGAGAAGCUCUUCAUGGCCAAGGAAAUCAAGAGACUCGGAGUUGGUGGUGGCGCAAAGAAGGAUGACAAGAAGCAAAUCAUCUCCGGCGACCUCCGCAAAGCUUUUGAAAUUGCCUUCGCCAAGUUUUCUCAGGUUUCCGUUGAGAAAAUCGUGCAGUCCAUCAUUCAUUGCGACAAGGAGAUCCUCGAUAACUCUGUCGUCAUGGACUUCUUGCGCAAGGAUGACCUGUGUAAUAUUCCGGAUAACACAGCGAAGCAGAUGGCUCCGUACAGCAAGGAUUGGACUGGCGCGAACCCCGACAAGGCCGAACGCGAACAGGACCCUACCGAACUCACCAGACAGGAUCAGAUUUACCUGUUCACAGCCUUUGAACUGCAUCAUUACUGGAAGGCCCGUAUGCGAGCUCUGGCCCUUACUAGGAGCUUCGAGCCCGACUUUGACGAGAUCACGGAGAAGAUGCGACAAGUCGUCGCCGUGUCCGAGUCGUUGCGAGACUCCGUGUCCCUCAUGAACGUUCUCGGUCUCAUUCUCGAUAUCGGAAACUACAUGAACGACGCCAACAAGCAGGCCCGCGGUUUCAAGCUGAGCUCUCUUGCCCGUCUGGGCAUGGUCAAGGAUGACAAGAACGAAUCUACGCUCGCCGAUCUCGUCGAGCGCAUCGUUCGUAACCAGUAUCCCGAAUGGGAAGACUUUUCGGAAGACAUUAACGGUGUCGUGAUGGCUCAAAAGAUCAACAUUGAGCAAGUUCAGCAGGACGCCAAGCAAUACAUCGACACAGUGAAGAACGUUCAAAUGUCUCUCGAUGCCGGUAAUCUCAGCGAUUCCAAGAAGUUCCAUCCCCAAGAUCGCGUCAGUCAAAUUGUCCAAAGAAUCAUGAAGGACGCGAGAAGAAAGGCAGAGGAGAUGCAGCUGUACUUGGAGGAGAUGAUGAAGACAUACAACGAUAUCAUGGUCUUUUAUGGCGAAGACCCCACCGACGAGAACGCCCGCAGAGACUUCUUUGCCAAGCUUGCCAUGUUCAUCAUGGGCUGGAAGAAGUCCCGGGAGAAGAACGUCCAGCUCGAGGAGACGCGCAGGCGCAACGAGGCGUCUAUGAAGCGGAAGCACGCCCAACUCCAGGUAUCAAACGCCAAGGUGGACGGUGCACCGCCCUCGCCAUCAAGCGCAGGUGCCAUGGACUCCUUGCUGGAGAAGCUGCGCGCUGCUGCGCCUCAGACACGAGACCAGAGAGAUCGUCGUCGCAGGGCCAGACUCAAGGAUCGUCACCAGGUGCGAGUCGCAUCUGGACAGAAAAUCCCUGAUCCAGACGAAAUCCCCGAGGUCGAGGCCUCCCUACAACAGGCGCCCAAGGAGGCGACUAUUGACGAAGAAGGCAACCCCAUCAGCCCGGGACUGUCGUCACCCAGAGAAGCUGGAGAGGACGACGUGGCCGAUCGUGCGGCAUUAUUGCUACAAGGUAUACGUGGAGGAGACGGGGCGGAUGAGGCCGACCCGGAGAAGCGCGAGAGCUUACGGCGCUCGAGGAGGCAGACGGCCGAGGAAGAGAGGAGGAUGAGAAGACGCAGGCGGGAGAAGGCAACGUCCACAAACACUGCCGUCAGCGAAGGAGACACGACUGUGACGGAAGCGAAGGAGGAGGAGAUACCCCCGACACCUUCGACUGAGAACACGCCUGUAGAGCCAUGAGCCCGGAUCUCAUGUGGGAAGAAAAAAGUCACCAGUCGGAGUCAUAUAUACACAAAAAACUACGUAAUGUUUACUACUUCGAAGAACACUAGCAUUGAGGGGGGAAAUACCCAUCCCCUCUCACACAAGCUCAAUCACACAGUACCUACCAUCUUGUCAGUUGGAGGGGAGGAAGGGAACUGAGGAUUCGGAGUGGCCCCCCCCUUUUUUUUUCGAUUGUGAAUCAUUCCCCCACGAUAUAUAGGAGGGCACGAGAGGAGUCGAGGCGCUUGCAAAUCACUGGGGCGUCUUUGUACUGCAUCGCUACAUCGCUGCGUCAUUGCCGGUUUACGUCGUCACUUUGGCUCUUCCUUUUUCCGGGGAUCAAGACAUUCAAGCAUGAGGGAAUGGAGAAGAAUGCUGGGCUCCCGGCUGGUCUUUGGGUUUGGCAUUCUGAAAUUUUCUUUGAGGCUGUUUGUAUUUCUGUUGCAUGGGCGGAUUGUGGUGGCGGUGCAUGCCAGGUGGCUCGGGUGAAGCUGUUGGAGGAUGUGUUUUUGGAGGAUUGGCUGUAGGGAAG